AUGUUUCUAUCGCAUCGUCUUCCUAUUAUAUUCCUACUCUUGAUCAUAUCCAGCACAGCUUACGUAAACUAUAACGAGGAAGAAGCUAAGUUGUUCCUCAACUUGGCUGCAGCAGCUUAUCCAGCCAACAAUGCUUCUGAUAUGAGAGAAGAAUGUGUCAAAAAAACUUUUCCCGACGACACCUUUGCCGUAUUUGCUGCUAUAACAACACCGUGUGAUAAGAGAAAUAAUAGUUGCCAAGCAUUCAGUUCCGUUUCCAACAAGACUCGUCGGAUUAUAUUAUCAUUCCGAGGUACAGAUGGUACAAGUCAGUUAUAUCAAGAGAUGACUCAUAGUUUACGGGAUUAUCCUUAUUAUAAUGAAACCGAUGACAAAGGCAAUGUCGGUCAGAUAGGCAGAGUUAAUAAGUAUUUUUUGACAGCCAUGAAUGUAAUGUGGGAUGUGAUGGUUGAACCACUUCUUCCACUAUAUCCAAAUUACACUUUUAUCGUCACAGGUCAUUCAUUAGGAGGAGCGAUGGCAGCUUUAGCCGCUUUUCGUCUGUCAUAUCGCAAAGUGGUUGAAAAUCCAUAUGACAUUCGUUUGAUUACCUUCGGUGAACCUCGUGAAGGAGAUUAUGAAUAUGCCCAGAUCUUUCAACAAUACGUGCCGUAUUCAUUCCGGAUAGUUCAUUACACCGAUCCAGUUCCUCACUUGCCACCGCUUGAUGAGCUUAACAUUACCUUAACAGGUUAUCCAUUUCAUCAUACACGUGAAAUAUGGUAUGACAACAAAUUCACUUCAUAUACUAUCUGUAAUACAACUUGGGGCGAAGAUGAAAACUGCAGUGACCGCAAGAAAUUCUGGUCGUAUGGUGCUAAGGCGAUGAAAGAGCAUUUAUGGUACUUCAAUCACUACAUAUCAGUUUAUGGCUGGAAUGGAUGUAAUUCCUCGAACAUUAUCUCAAAUUCAACUGCAUUUUUCUUAUUUUUAUAUUUUUUAUUUUGA